AUGAGUUGGUCCCCUACCCAUCGCGGAACCACCAAAACAAGGCGCUACGAUAUGAAAAGAGAACGCGAUGUCCGGCUUCAUUAUGGAGCCGCCCUUUGCAAUAUACCACACGUCGACGAUUUGGCCACCCAUGUCGCCCGUCCAUCUCGGGACUCGACUCUCACGGCUUUGUGUCAACUUACCGCUAUCCGCAUGGGCGCACAGCGGGCCAUGGUCUCCCUUCUCGACGACCAGAGGCAGCACAUCCUGGCAGAGGCUACUUGCCAUCUCUCCCUUCGCCCAGAAGCGCCGGGAGACGCCCAAAAUGUGCUGUGGCUUGGAAACGCGAGCAUUCCGCGUAGCUUGGGAUUAUGCGAGAACGUGCUGCACAUCAAUCUUGAGAACAACGUCUUGGUCAUUGACGAUCUUGAGGCAGAUGACAGACCUUGCUUUGGGCGCCACGUUCAAAAUCACACAGAUAUGCGGUUUUAUGCGAGCAUUGCACUCAUGUCUCCAGAAGGCGCCGUGGUUGGCACGUUGAGCAUCUUCGACGACAAGCCGCACAAUGGCCUUAGCAGUGAGCAGCUUACUCUUUUCAAAGACUUGGCAUCUACUACCAUCGACUACCUCAACACAUACACCAUUAGAGAUCAAUACAGUCGAGGGGAAAGAUUUACACGCGGUCUGGUCUCUUUUGCCGAGGGUGUCACUGCCUUGUUGCCUUUCAAGCAGAAUGAACAGCACGAUCCAUCAACAACACCCGACAUGUCUUUCAAUUCAUCCCCAACCACUGAAAAAGAUCUCGACCCUCUAUACAAGAGAGGUACAAAGGAAGUGGACGACCUGGCGCCUGACAGUUCGUCUUAUGCGACGCCUGGAGCAACCACGCCAAGGUCCACACGUCAUCGGGCAAUAAGAACUCUUCAGGACUCCAUUCUGCCGGCCGACUCCAAGUCAAUGUUCUCUCGUGCUGCCAAUGUCAUGAUGGCUUCGAGUAGUUUAGACGGCGUGCUCAUACUCGAUGCAAGUGUUGCGGCGAAUGGAGGCCAACGCCGCGCCCAUACCACACCUAGAACCAUGAACGGGACCGAUUCCCCAUCAGAAUCCUACCAGUCAAGAUCUUCCAGUGAGGGCGAUAGUUCAAAUAGCACAGAAGACAACUCACGCAGCACGUCCUCUUCAAGCUCCAAAACAUGUCAGUUGCUUGGAGUGGCAACUCCAGACGGCAAGGAAAACGCCGAAUAUGGGACAUUGUUGGAGUCCAACCUUGCCCGUAUGCUCCGUGAAUAUCCUCAUGGUAAGAUCUUUACCUUCACGGCCAACGGCAUGGCUCUAUCAUCUACCGACGAUGCUUCUUCCAGUCCUCACGUUACUGAGCAGCUACCACCGCGAACGUUGCAUUCCAAGCGCCUGACGAGAAACUGGUCAAAGAGAUGCUCAGAAAUCAUCCAAGAAAUGUUUCCUGAAGCUUGUAGCGUGGCUUUCAUACCCUUCUGGGAUUUUGAGAGGUCUAGGUGGUUUGCGGGCUGUUUCUGUUGGAGUAACGACCGAUAUCGUUUACUUUCCCCUUCUGUUGAUUUGAUUUAUUUCAAGAUCUUCAGCAAUUCAAUCAUGAGAGAGUUGUCAAGGUUAGAUGCUGUGACCUUGAGCCAGGCCAAGUCGACCUUUGUAGCCUCCAUCUCACAUGAAUUACGUUCGCCUCUGCAUGGAAUACUAGGCACAUUGGAGUUCGUCAAGGAUACGCCUUUGGAUUCAUUUCAGGCCAGCAUGCUGACCUCUCUUCACGGUUGCGGAAUUACCUUGCUCGAUACGAUCAACCACGUCAUGGACUAUGCCAAAAUCAGUGAAUCCAAGAACAGAAUUUCUUCGAAAAGAAUAAAGAGCGAGAACACAGUAAGGCUAUCUUCCAAACCCCUCAGGGGCAGUAGGAGGAAAGACCCCGCAUUCGAUAUGGGCAUCGCAACAGAGGAAGUCGUCGAGGCUGUAUUCUCGGGAUCCUCAUACAUCCCCGUUACUGCCAAACGCAUCGAGGAGGCUUCGUCUUCUACAAAUAAUGAGCUGGUUCACUACCCCAGGCGGAGAGCACGCUUUGUCAUACUCGAAGUGGCACAGGAAGAGGAUUGGGUCUUCUCUUUCCCGAUUGGCUCAUGGAGAAGAAUAGUCAUGAAUCUUUUUGGUAAUGCCGUGAAAUACACAGAGUCAGGCUACAUCCAUGUUUCCCUGCGUUCUAACAAACCCACGGAAAAUACCAAUGCGCCGUCAGCGGUCACUUUGACUAUCACGGACACUGGCUUAGGCAUGAGCCCCAAUUUCCUUGCCAACCGGUUGUUCGAACCCUUCUCUCAAGAAAAUCCAUACGCACCUGGUAUCGGUCUCGGGUUGAGUAUAGUUCGACAGAUUAUCGACAUGAGCGGAGGCAAAAUUGAAGUUAGCAGCCAGCCUUCAGUUGGAAGCAAGGUGACCGUCAAGCUCGCACUGACCAAGCCGGAAUUUUCUGACUCGGUGACGGCCGAGCGCAAACAGUUUGGAUCCUUUCUCCCACGACUAAAGGGCCGGAAGAUAUGCAUACUUUGCAAGAAAAUAGUACAUCCCGGGUCUGUAGAUUAUGGUGAUAUCUCAAAGACGGGUGAUGGGUAUUUGCGCUUCACCAAUGCUCUCGCAUAUACCCUUGAGAAGCACUUGAAGAUGGACGUAGUGAGACCUACCGACUGGGAACACCAUGACGCAGACAUGGUCAUCUGUCCUGAACUUUCCUUCGACUACCUUGAUGCCAUUCGCCGCCGCCGAACUCGCGGCGAACGAGCUCCUGUUAUCAUAUUCAUUGGCAUGGAUGCGCUUGAAGCAGCGACUCUCCGUUCAGACGUCCGUGUGACGAACAAAGAAUCUGUGGUCGAGAUAAUGACACAGCCAUGCGGACCUCACAAACUAGCCCUUGUUCUCAAUCGGUGCUUGGAUCGAUAUGAUCACCCUGAUGAGAACGUGCAGCCUGAAGGGAUGCUUAGUCCACUUUCCCGAGCUGCAUCUCCCGGAGCUCCAGGGCCGAUCAGUCUCACUCCUCCGCCCAGUUCUUUGCAACCCGACACUACCUAUUUGACGGUUAGGCCUGCAGAGCAUCCAGCUAUAUCUCCAGUCGCAUCACCCACACCACAACCCAUAACCACACCACAUCAGGAAAAGGGCUUGGAUGUGUCUCAUAUGCUAAUCGUGGAUGAUAAUGUAUUGAACCGAAGGCUACUCGUUGCAUUCAUGAAGAAAAACAAUUUGCAAUUCCAGGAAGCAUCAAACGGACUCGAGGCACUACACAAGUACCAGGCAGGCUCACACAAUGUCAUGGCGAUACUAAUGGACAUGUCCAUGCCAGUCAUGGACGGCAUGACAGCUACCCGCGCGAUUCGCGAGUAUGAACGGGACAACAAUCUCCCACGUAGCUGCAUCAUUGCGCUGACCGGCCUCGCAUCGUCAAGUGCCAGACUCGAGGCAUGGAGUUCGGGCAUCGAUCACUACAUGACUAAGCCUGUCAACUACAAAGAGCUCAAAGAGCUUCUGGAGAGAGAGCAAGCCCCAAACCAGGAGAGUCAGAAAGAUGCAGGAACAUCUGAGGAAAUUUCUGAGGUCACGACUAGACCCUGA